GAUGAAUGUCAUUUUCGUUGCUGCUGUCACGAUUGACGUGACGCUUGUCAAUAAAAAUGGCAGCGGGACCAAUCGCCGAACGUAAUCAAGAUGCCACAAUAUACGUUGGCGGUCUUGACGACAGAGUUACUGAAAGUUUGCUAUGGGAACUAUUCGUACAAGCCGGACCCGUGGUGAAUGUCCACAUGCCAAAAGACAGAGUGACACAAACUCAUCAAGGAUAUGGAUUUGUUGAGUUCAUGGGUGAGGAGGAUGCAGAUUAUGCCAUAAAGGUGAUGAAUAUGAUAAAGCUAUAUGGUAAACCGGUGAGGGUGAAUAAAGCAUCAGCUCAUCAGAAGAACUUGGAUGUGGGUGCCAAUGUGUUCAUAGGAAACUUGGAUCCAGAAGUUGAUGAGAAGCUUCUAUAUGAUACAUUCUCUGCAUUUGGAGUUAUAUUACAGACACCUAAGGUUAUGAGAGAUCCUGAGACUGGUAAUUCAAAAGCCUUUGCGUUCAUAAACUUUGCGUCGUUCGAAGCAUCAGAUGCAGCUAUAGAAGCUAUGAAUAACCAGUACCUAUGUAACAGACCUAUAUCUGUGUCAUAUGCGUUCAAGAAGGAUGUCAAAGGUGAAAGGCACGGAUCUGCUGCUGAGAGGUAAGUCCUUUUGAUAUGUUUUAACCUUACAAGUGAUAUUAA